UGAUUCAACUGCAACCCGAAUGAGACCCGCUCUCAUUCCCUCAAUUCCAUUCUCUCUUUGAAGCAUUUCAACUCAUAAUUCCAGAUGCAGAUGCUUGCACCUUCAGACCUCAAAGUUUCCUACUGCUUAAGCCCCACGCUCCCAUAUACCACCUCCGUUUCCUCCCACAUUCAAAUCCAACUCAUUCACCUUUCACCCACAACCCAAUUCGUUCCUCACUUAUCAUUUCCUCCAUCACAACAUUCCCAUCUCACCGCAAUCUCCAUAUAAAUCUGCGAUUCCAAGAAACGCAAAAACCACGAUGACCUCUCUCCAGCUCCUAAACACCCCAGUUUUCGCGGGAAAACGGAGCCCCCGCAUAUGGACCACUGGGGUGACGCCACGUGGGUGUCUUAACGUGGAUCAAAACGUGCCGGCGGCGGUGGGGAGCCAGGAGGUGAUGGAGGCGGAGAAGAGGGUUAUGGUGGGGACGUACAAUAGACCACCGGUGGUGAUCGCCAGUGGCAAAGGAUGUAAAUUGUACGAUCCUGAAGGGCGAGAGUAUUUGGACUUGAUGUCUGGGAUUGCUGUCAAUGCGCUUGGACAUGGGGAUCCGGAUUGGAUACGGGCCGUUACAGAGCAAGCCCAUGUGCUCACCCAUGUCAGCAAUGUCUACUAUUCCAUUCCCCAGGUGGAGCUGGCAAAACGGCUGGUGGCUUGCUCCUUUGCUGACCGUGUCUUUUUCUCAAACUCCGGAACUGAAGCAAAUGAAGCUGCCAUAAAAUUUGCAAGAAAGUUCCAAAGAUUUUCAAACCCUGAGAAGAAAGAGCCUGCAACAGAAUUCAUUUCUUUCACUAACAGCUUCCAUGGGAGGACGAUGGGGUCCGUGGCUUUGACUAGUAAAGAGCAUUACCGAUCACCAUUUGAGCCUCUCAUGCCUGGAGUCACUUUCUUAGAUUAUGGAAAUGUACAAGCUGCAAGAAAGCUAAUUAAAUCUGGCAAAAUCGCUGCUGUGUUUGUUGAACCUAUCCAGGGUGAAGGUGGGAUAAAUAGUGCAACUAAAGAAUUUUUGCAAUCCUUGCGUGGUGCUUGUGAUGAUUCAGGUUCUCUUCUGGUCUUUGAUGAGGUUCAAUGUGGGUUGGGUCGAACUGGUUAUCUCUGGGCGCAUGAAGCUUAUGGUGUAUUCCCAGAUAUAAUGACUCUGGCCAAGCCUCUUGCAGGAGGACUUCCCAUAGGAGCUGUAUUAGUGACUGAAAAGGUUGCUGCUUCAAUGAAGUAUGGAGAACAUGGAAGCACUUUUGCUGGGGGGCCCCUUAUCUGCAAUGCUGCCCUUGCAGUCUUGGACAAAAUUUCCAAGCCUGAGUUUCUCAGAAGCGUCUCAGAGAAAGGUCAGUACUUCAAAGAAGUGCUGACAAAGAAGCUGGGCACAAAUCCACAUGUGAGAGAAGUACGGGGUUUGGGGCUCAUUGUUGGAGUAGAGCUGGACGUAUCUGCUUCACCGCUUGUGGAUGCCUGUAGGAAUUCUGGUCUUCUGAUAAUAACAGCUGGAAAAGGAAAUGUCCUCAGACUUGUGCCGCCGUUGAUCAUCUCUAAGCCAGAAUUGGAGCAUGCAGCUGAGAUUUUGCUUGAAUGUUUGCCUGCCCUUCAUGGCUCUACCUGAAUUUGAUGUUAAGUAAUUUAAGUAAACUCUAGGAAAUGUAAAUUGCUGAGUUUUAUCAGAACCUAUGUAUUCUUACUACAAGGUAGCUUAUGUUGCUUUGUUCA